AAGUUCAUUGCGAGUUUUUUUGUUUCCAAUCUUGACAGUUCACAAAUAAUUAUGCAUAUGUAAAUUGUUAAUAGUAAGGAAAUAAUACUGAAUUUCCAAUUGGAUACGUAUAACUAUAAUACAAUUCAAACACAUUCUCUAAAUAUGAUAAAAUUGUUUUCACUAAAGCAACAGAAGAAGGAUGGAGAGUCAUCUCCAAGGAGUAAUAAUCAAAAGAAGGCCACUGCAGCUCAGCUUAGAAUUACAAAGGAUAUAAACGAAUUGAAUCUACCAAAGACCUGCAACACAGAGUUUCCCGAUGCCGACGAUUUGCUGUCUUUCAAAUUGAUCAUAUGUCCGGAUGAAGGAUUCUAUCGAACUGGUCGAUUUGUUUUUAGUUUCAAAGUGGGCCCUAAUUAUCCACACGAACCUCCAAAGGUGAAGUGUGAAACUCAAGUUUAUCAUCCGAACAUAGACCAACAGGGUAACGUCUGUCUCAAUAUACUACGAGAGGAUUGGAAGCCUGUUCUAACUAUAAAUAGUAUCGUCUACGGUCUACAAUAUUUAUUUUUGGAGCCAAAUCCGGAAGACCCCUUAAAUAAGGAGGCUGCGGAAGUGUUAACGAGCAAUCGCCGUUUAUUCGAACAGAAUGUCCAGAAGGCUAUGCGAGGAGGUUAUGUUGGCGGUACUUACUUUGAUCGUUGCCUGAAGUGAUUUCGUAACUUUGUCAAAAUGUGUCGUUUUGUUAUUAAUUUAAAUCGGGUUCCAAAAUUGACUUUAACAGAUAAGUUUCAAAGGUUUUACUUCACGAUGUAAAUCGCGGAUGGUUUCUAAUGUAUAAUAAGCUGUCUGCAGUAUUGAUAAGUUUACACUUAAUUUGUGUUUAGAUGAUUGCCGAACUAAGUUUCGUAUUACUGUCUGAUCACAGUGUAUAACUCUGCCGCCAUGAAGUCUCGUUUCAUCGGGUAAUAAGAGAAAUUUAUUAUCAAUGAAAUGAAGAGGGUUAAUACUUAUGUUAAAAUAAUAUGCAACGCUGAAGGAAUAAAAAGCUAUUUUUUAUUUA